AUGCGCCUACUUUUGACCCUCUUCGGGUUACUCCUAUAUCUGGCCCUUGCGAGCGCAGAGCAUACAUCGAAUUGGGCCGUUCUGGUAUGCACGUCGCGCUUUUGGUUCAACUAUCGACACCUGGCCAAUGUGCUAUCACUCUACCGGACCGUCAAACGGCUUGGGAUCCCCGACUCGCAGAUCAUUCUCAUGCUACCAGACGACAUGGCCUGCAACCCGCGCAAUGCCUUUCCGGGAACCGUAUACAACAACGCCGAUCGAGCACUGGAUCUUUACGGAGAUAAUAUUGAAGUCGACUAUCGCGGAUACGAAGUCACUGUGGAGAACUUUAUCAGACUACUGACCGAUCGGGUUGGAGAAGAAAUGCCUCGAAGCAAGCGGCUCUUGACAGACGAUCGGAGUAAUAUUCUUGUAUACAUGACUGGGCAUGGGGGAAACGAGUUUCUCAAGUUUCAGGAUGCAGAAGAGAUCAGCGCGUUUGACCUCGCUGAUGCGUUUGAGCAAAUGUGGGAAAAGAAGAGAUACCACGAAAUGCUCUUCAUGAUCGACACAUGCCAAGCCAACACAAUGUACAGCAAAAUCUACUCUCCAAACAUCAUCUCCACGGGCUCUUCGGAAAUCGACCAGUCGUCUUAUUCCCACCACGCAGACAACGACGUCGGCGUCGCCGUCAUUGAUCGAUAUACGUAUUACAACUUGGACUUUUUGGAGACCCAUGUUCGAGAGCCUUCAUCCAAGAUGACUCUUGGCGAUUUAUUCGACAGCUACGACGAGGCGAAGAUCCAUUCGCACCCUGGGAUCCGGCUUGUCAUGGAUUUCUUCGGCAACGUCCAGAAUGUGGAAGUCGAAAACGGCGCAUUUUGGCCGGACGAUCUACCAGAUCUCGCAUCACGGUACUGGCACAUUUACACGAGGGUUUUAUCAUUGCAUUUUUCGAAAAACCGCAAUACGGAGAAAGAGACGCGAUCAUCCCAUGGGAAGAACUAG